UUAGUUCAGUCUCUCGGGUAAGAGUGGACGGACGAGGCGGGCGGUGGGUGGGCAGCGCCAGUUUGCUUGUGUUCAGUGGUCCACGCGCAGUCAGAUUCACUCUCUCCUCUUUGUCGCUCGUUCGCGCUGUUUCUCUCUCUCUCUGUGUUUCUUUCUCACACCUCAUUUUCUUUCGGCGCUGGGUUUGUAUGUGAGGUGUGGCGCAGUCUAACCUAACGUCGCCACCUGUGGAAAGACCUGUUGCUUUCUUUGCAUUCGCGUGUUGUGCUUCGUUGUCACCCACGUCGCUGCCGUUUGGUGAUCUGCUUCUACACGAUCUCUGGUUGGUUGGGCUUGGCAAUGCUUUUCGGUGGAAGGGAUUGAAGUUGUGUAGGAAAGAAUCAGAUGCAGUUGGAGAAGAGGAGAAGAGGCGAAAAAGGAGAGAUAUAAGUGUGCCGGACGCCCCGCGCUGAGGACAAUACACAGCAGGAACGAGUCCUCCAGCCUGGGCAGUGUUUUACCUAAGGACAUCUGACAAUGAGUGGUGAGUGAGAGGUGUAUGCACGAGCGCGUUAGGAAUCCGGGGACCUUUGAACGCCUCUGCUCGCCCUCCGCCACCUGCACCACCUACGCAUUUAUGGAUCCCCUCCCCCGCCCUGCAGUGAUGUGACCAAGCUCUUUCUCCCCCGUCUGCGUCGCGUCUCCAGUUAAUGUCCCUCACCCAAUUGUGAAGGUGUGUUGUGCAGAUGUGGUAAUGGCGGGCCUCGCUCCAUAACUGCAAGCGGUGGUGUGCUGGCGGUGCUCAUACAGUGCGUCGUAGUGGUGUUGGAGCCGCGGCGGAGGGGCAGUGGCGUCGUUGUGGCUCCCCAGCACUCACCAAGGUCCUGCCUCUGUCUGUUCCUCGGUUCCCGUGAGCAGUGAAGAAAUCCAUGGAACCAUCCACGCCAUUCUUGUAGAGGCAACUUGCUAUUCAGGAUGACGCCGCGCCCCGGUCUGAAGGAGGAGAUAGCAAGCGGCUUUUUCCAGAACCUGGUGACGACGGCCGCCUCUCUGGUGCGCGAGGCUGCCGAACACACCGAUGACUCCUCCAUCUUCGCCGACAUGACUGGUGACGCAGCGGAUAACAGCAGCAGCAGCAAUAUUCAGGUGUCAGGAAAGGACUUGGGACGCCACCUGCCGCUGCCCGUACAAGUAUUCAUCACGGUGCUGUACGUGAUAGGCAUCCUGAGCAACAUGGCGGCACUGUGCAUCAUUUCAAGAAGCGAGACACAGCGAUACAGGAAGCAGACGUUCAUGCUUCGCUGUCUGGUUGGGAACGACCUGACGGCGCUGCUGGGAAUGCUGGUACAGAUGCACGUCAGCCUCUACGUCGAGAAUCUCAACGAGAAAUGGCUAUGUGCGUCGAGGGUUGUGUUCCGCGCCUUUGGGCUGGGGUCUGGCUGCGUGGCGCUCGUGAUGGCCGUAGAGCGCUGGCUGGCCCUCACGCAUCCUUUCAUCUAUCCGAGACACGUGACGCACUCGGUGAUACGCCGCACCAUCCUCAUCCUGUGGGUGGUGACGCUGAUGCUGGUGUGCGGCCCCUUCCUCGGCUUUGGUCUGUGGUACGAUGAGAGCCUGACGCCCCACUGUGUACGUUACCGUUUCGGCACUGAGCUGGUGGACCGCGUGUACGCCUACGUCAUCUUUGCUUACGGUAUGGUGAUGUGCGCUGUGAUCGUGUGUUGCAACCUGUCCGUCAUCCGCGUGCUGUGUCGCAUGAGGGAACGCCUACUUCCCCGCCGCCACUCCCGCGCCUCCUGCCGCAGCGCUACGUCCACCUCAGGAGACACAGCCGUCAAUCUGGCCACCCCCGAGGAGCUGUCCUUCGCCCGCCUCAUGGCCAUCCUCUCCAUCACCUUCGUCGCCUGCUGGGUGCCGCAGCUGAUGACCAUUAUAGCAGGACAAAUUGUCGGUAACAAGCCAGAGUACAAGAACUUCUACAGGAUUCCCGAUAUCUUCAUUCUCCUCAACUUCUGCCUCGACCCGUGUAUGUACGUGCUGUUCCGCCGCAAUAGACGUUACGGCAGAAAGCACCUGAGGAAGCUGGUUACCUACUUAUGUCCUCACCUGCACAGCUCACCUAGUCGAGGUAUUCUGACCGACUCCCUCCGCUCCUCCUCGCACACCUCACAGAGUAACAAUGGCCCAGCCAAGGGUAGGGGCUACACCCAGCGAGAUAUGCCUCUAAUUAUGAAGGAGAGUUCAUCGGCAGGCUCACGGUAUCCUCCAACACUUCCGCAAACGAGGAGCAUAUUUCUCAGCAGCUCCUGCGCAUCCCCACCGGCCAGUCCAAGCUAUCUGCAGUCAACGAAGAGAACCCCCUGUCAGAGGUCGAUGAUAAAAAGCAAGAUCGAUACUAAGUAUUCAGACAGCUGGAUGCUCCUCAGGACCCAGAGUGAAGAAGCAGCUGAGCGGGAGUUGUUGAGGCAAGAGGAGCCACUGAAUGUUGUAAUCCACGCAGGAGGUGAUGGUCUCGGGAACACGUACGUCACCUUCUCCAAGCCUGGAAGCUUUGAUAGUGCUUGUAACGGGGAUGUCACUGCCACGAAAACUAAGCGUUGGUCAUUUUGUUAUGGAGACACGUUAGAUGUAAUUCCUAAGGUGAUACGAAGCACAGCCUCGCGGGACGACAUUCAUCUCCUGGGGUCUCGGUGCAGCAGGGCAAGGAGACCAGCGUGGAUGAAGAGCGACGACCUCAGGAGAUAGAGCCGGCUGUCUCUGCCACAUGUUGCACAAAAUACCUUUGUAAACAUGUGUGUCCAAACUGUUCACGGUGCUCUGGGUAUUUAGUCCUUUAAACGAGACAGAGACUGCGAACCACCAAAUGUACAAGUAGUGGGUGGGGGGAGGGGGCAGUGGUUCGAGACUCAGUCAGAAAUUGGGGAAUAAAAAGAGCAUUAAGUUUAAAGCAUUCCUGUCGAGGCAUUACGUGUAGUGAAGCAGGAGCAGCGGGCUCUGCGUCAGGCAGAAACAAUUCUAACAUAAGGAAACAACUAUAACUAAGUAGCUUUAGUCAGUCAGUCAGUCUCUCUCUCUCUCUCUCUCUCUCUCUCUCUCUCUCUCUCUCUCUCUCUCUCUCUCUCUCUCUCUCUCUCUCUCUGAAAUGUGUACCUGGACAGUGCUCACUGCGCACCCAGUGGGCACGCUAGCGGUAGUCAGUGUGUCGAUGUGCAGUAUGAGUAGUGCGUACACUUUGGUGCCAUGGAGGAAACUCCCUCAAUUUAUUAUUUUACUAGUCUAGCCACCUCAGAGUGGAGUAGGACGGAGCGGAGUGGAUUUCUUUCACCCUCUAACUUUUGACCCUCUCCACCCCGCCUUCUCAGAAAAGAGUAACACGCUUGAUUACGUUAUUCACUCAAUUGCCUUUCGUUCACAAAACUCACGCCACACACCUGAAAAACACCACCACCACAUCUUACAUUACACACUUCUCUUCACCAGUCUCCAUCUCUCACUCAUCCAGUCCCGCGCCUCUGCAGCACCACUGUGCGCCCCAAACCACACUCACUUUCAUCACGCACACACACCACACAUCCUCCUCACACUCAUCGAACACUACCACUUUUUCAGCAUGCUUAUUCACGCUAGUCCCCCUUCCAGCCAACUUCCUCCCGACCUUUACUUGAGGUUCGGAAACAUAAAGGAAGCUCAUUAUCGCGAUGGUAUACAGCGGGUUUCUCAACUCUGUCCUCGAUAAGUUUUAUUUUCCUUAUAUUUCAAAGUUGCCUCAUAACAAGACUUACUACCUCAGGCUGGGAGGCGGACUGGCUCUUCUGACUCUAAGAGAUUCAUACAUUAAAGACUACAAUUCAGUUACUGUCUUGCGGUCACGGCAUUUCCAGGAAUCGGUCAAAAGGAAACAUAUCAAAUUUCCUACAAGCAAUUUAAAGAUAGGAAAGUCAAUGGCCUGAGGAGCCACACGUAGAUAACUAUGAAACUAUUUGUAAAUGGUGGCUUCAGUUUAUCCUUAUUGCAUUUUUGUCUGCUUGAAGAUGAGAAAUUUGAUCGUGUUUCACUUAAGUGCACAAGGUUAAUUCACUACGGAGAUUUUUUUUUUCUAUUUUUCCAUGAAGGAUAACGCAAUUAAUAGUAACAAAGGGUGGAAGCGCUAAACAUCCACUGAAUCUCAUUUCCUGUUGUCUCUAUGGCUCUCUUCACACAGCGAUGCGUAUUACAAGGCUCACAUGUGACCAUACUUUAAAUUAAUCCCAGUGAUAUUAAAGCGAAGUUGAAAUGGAACUCAAUAUUCAUUAUAUGUUCUGUUUCAAGGGUGGCAAGUUAGGUGAUUUUUUAUGCAGUACAUUACUGUAAACUCAGUACGCGUAUGUGUGUGUGUGUGUGUUGCAUGACUAUCUUUAUAAAGUACAGUAUUUUUAACUCAGUAUAGUGUGUGUGUGUGUGUGUGUGUGUGUGUGUGUGUGUGUGUGUGUGUGUGUGUGUGUGUGUGUGUGUGUGUGUAAUCAAACAAUUAUUAUACAAUACAUAACACAUUUUACACUUUUCUAAUACAAAUUCACAUCCUCAUGGAGGUUACACAUCUUUCAGAAUCAUUAAAAAUUGUUUCUCUCUACUUUUCCUAUACAUAUUGAGUAUUAUAUGUAGAGAAUGGGGAGUGAAAGGCUUAAAAGUAAGUUGUUCUACCUUAACAGACCCCUCAGAAUACUCCAGUGAAGAUUCAGAUAAUGCCAUGUACACUAUUAUGGGGUAGGCAGGAUCGGCGUGAAGAUAACUUUGUAUAUUAACAUCUGAAGGGUGGACGUACAUACGUAGUGUAUGCGGUUUUGGAUCAUGGUGGUGCUUUCAUUAUUCUAAAUUGUGUGUGUGUGUGUGUGUGUGUGUGUGUGUGUGUAAAGUCAGGUGGCAAAUGAAAUAAUCCAAAACAAAUUACACUAGCCACGACUUAAUAAGUGACUAUACGUUCUCCGUGAGCAGCGCAGUAUCUGUUGUUUUGCUACAGCCCAUAUACAUCAUUGCAGGAUACAAGUGUUUAGUAAAUAUGUAUAGACAUCAACGGGCGACCCACUCCACGCUCAACCACUGGCAUUGUUUUUCAAUCAAUGAAGGUUAAUGCGGAGUGCGAGACGUGAGGGCAUGAGGGGAGAGUGCCAACACGUCAGGUGAUGUGAAUAUAUUACACCUGCCCAUUAUGCGUCGAUGUUCACUGUCGCUCUAAGUGUUUUUAUUAGUCAGCAAUAGUAAGGUCGCUGUACAUGUGCUCCUUUGCUGUGUAUUAAAGUCAUAUUUUUGUCACAUGGCAAUUAUGUACUCAAUAUUUUGUCAUAUCAGUACCGAGAGCUCAGCGUGAGGCGCCGCUCCUCGCUCACCCAACCACCAGCAGCAGCAGCAGCAGCAGGAGGUCCUCCUCAGCCAAUGGUUGCCCACCGGGCGCUGCACGGGCGCACUGUACCGGGGCCGUGACCCUUGUCGUCCGUACUGCUGCAGGAGCGAUAGAAGCCUUACGUUCCUGGGAAAAAAAAUUGAAACUUCCUCCUCCCGCAGCUGUACGAUACAGGCAUUAAUUGUGUGUGUGUGUGUGUGUGUGUGUGUGUGUGUGUGUGUGUGUGUGUGUGUGUGUAUCUAUCAAUGCGGAGCUGUACAGUGGAAGGGGACCAUAAAUGCCGCUCCUACAACAUAAGCAUUGAAAGAUAAUAGUGGAUGUUAUGAUAUUGCUGUUCAAUGUCCAUAAACAAACACAAGUAAUUCCGUAGCAUUGAUUUUACCUUAGUAAGAGUUUCUCUCUCUCUCUCUCUCUCUCUCUCUCUCUCUCUCUCUCUCUCUCUCUCUCUCUCUCUCUCUCUCUCUCUCUCUCUCUCUCUCUCUCUCUACCAUCACAACCGUCGUCGUAACUACUACCACCGCCGUCGCUGCCACUUGGGUGUCAUUUCUACCUAAGUAAAACGUUACCCUUCGUCUGAGUUGCUGCCUCGACCACUAAUCCGAAAGUGGCUGGAAGGGAUGCAGGUAAGUGGAAGGGUGCAGGUUAUAGAAUAAAAAUUCGUAAUUCCUAUUCAUAUCUAUUGUUCGGUAUCAUGUUUUUGUUUGAAAGAAAUACCUGUUUUGAUAUUCUUUUCUAGUAUCAUCGUUGUCAUCACCAUCAGUAUCACCAUUAUCAUUGCCAUCUCGAGACAUCCUCUCCGCCCGCUCUCCCUUCCUCACCAGGGCCACAGUAUUGCAGCACUGCGGACCUGGCUUAAUUAUUAUAUGUAUGUAAUGUUACUGUGUAUUUUAUAUUAAGUAUUCACAUUUAUUUUUUCAAGACAUUCUCGAUUUAGUUGCCGAAUUUUUCGUUUUGUUAUUAAUGAUCAAACUAUAUAAUAAGCUAAAUGUAUGUUUUAAGUCAACCUCUACCUAAAUAUAUAUUAUUGUCAUAUGUGUUA